GAAUAAUUAACAUUAGAUGACAAGGACAAAGGAUAUUAAUUAGCCAAAAACCAAAAUUAAGGUAUAUAAUAUAGAAAGGAUUGGGGCUAGGACUUAAGAGAGAUAAACGUCAGGUAACCCUCUUGAGAAGCGCGCGAAACACAAACAACGGGCACCCCUCCGGCGACCUACAACUUAACACUUGAAACCGAGCAAACGACGCAAAGAAACAAGGAGAGGCAUUUUUUUUACAUAUAAAAAAAAGAGAGAGAUCAGUCAGAGAAAAAGAAGUGGAAAAAAAAAAAAAGCCCUGCAAAUAAGGAAGGGGAAAAAGAGAAGGGGGGCCUCGUGAUUCCACUUUUUAUUUUUAACGCUUUUUUUUUACACCAUCACUCGUUCUGUCUCGCUUAUAUCAACGCAAAGAUUUCCCCCUCUCUCUCUCUCUCUUUAUUCCCUUGUGCGUAGAGGCCCUUCCUUGCUCUGUUUCUCCUUGUCAACAAUUAAAUCUCCUUUUCUUAUAAAUACCCACUUUUGUUUUCUUCGUUUAAAGGUUCUGUAUUUGUGUUUGUGUUUGAGGUCAGAAAUAUCAAAGCAAGAAAGAAGGGAGUGAGGAAGACAAGACAAAAGGGAAGUCUUGGCCGCUUUGUUUUGCUUCUCUGUUGCUGUUGUUUCUUUCCUCCUUGCUUACAUGGUAUAAAGAGAGAGAAAUAAGAUAAAUAGAUAGAUUACAUAAAAAAACAAUAGACAAUGUCGGCUUACAGAGACAAAGAUCCCCGUAUCGAUGGCAUCCAAUCCAAGAUUCGUGUUGUCCCAAAUUUCCCAAAACCAGGUAUAAGGUUUCAAGACAUAACUACUCUGUUGCUGGAUCCUAAAGCAUUCAAGGACACAGUGGACUUGUUCGUUGAGAGAUACAAAGGGAAGAACAUUUCAGUUGUUGCAGGUAUAGAAGCUCGGGGUUUUAUUUUUGGUCCUCCCAUUGCGUUGGAAAUUGGAGCAAAGUUUGUUCCUUUAAGAAAACCAAAGAAGUUGCCUGGUAAAGUUAUUUCAGAAGAGUAUGUUCUGGAAUAUGGAAGGGAUUGUCUUGAGAUGCAUGUUGGAGCUGUUGAACCUGGCGAGCGGGCUUUGGUUGUUGAUGACCUGAUAGCAACUGGAGGCACCCUCUGUGCUGCUAUGAAAUUACUGGAACGGGUUGGAGCAGAAGUAGUUGAAUGUGCUUGUGUUAUUGAGUUACCCGAUUUAAAGGGUCGUGAAUGCUUGAAUGGCAAGCCAUUAUAUGUACUCGUGGAGUCCCAUUGAUCCUUGCUGAUGAUACAGUUUGCCUGAAUCGGUGCUAGCAUAAUGAGAUGUACAUUAGAGUGCCAUGGAUAGCUACUUUUCUUCUGGAAUCUACUUCUGUUUUUACCUGAACUCUCUUCAUCAUUACUGAAUUUUGAUAAACCUUGGUGAUUGAGACUGUUGUUUCAACUAGCAGGCACAGAAUCAAUGAAUUCAUGCAAAGGGCUUGAUUCGAAAAAUGCUUGUAGGAUUUUUCUCAUUUUUUA